ACGCACCCCAUCCACAAAUCAAAGGAAAUAAUACAUUUUUUGUUUCAAUAAAGAAAUUAAAAAUCAAUCAAUUUACAACAAGUUUUAAAGUGCAAAACAACAACAACAACAAAAAAGAAACAAAUUAAAUUAAAUAAUAAAUAUUGUCCCCAAAUGCAACCGAAUACCAUGCAGCGACCCAAAAAGUGCUCUAAACUGUGCUGAAAAGCGACAACCAACAACAACAACAACGAGUAAUAUUUACCGCAAAAAAAUAUCAUAAAUCCUAUGUGAAAUCGUAUCGAGAAAUGGCAGCCGAACAAAUUGCUAAACUGGCUAAAAUGGCUCAUUCAAAUUCAUUGAAAGCUACCAGUAAAUGGAUUAAACCCAACCAGAGUCGCACAGAACCCCAGCAGAAAACAACAACACCGAAUAGGCAUCUCUGCCUGCUUCUGCUGGUCGCGCUCUGUCCGCUGCCAGACGCCAAUGCCAAUGCCAGCAGCAACAUCGGCGGCAACAGCGGUGGCAGCCUGGAAACCUUUGCCGUGGCCAGCUCCGCCAGCUCCAGCCUGGACAAGGAUCACGAGCAGGCAGUGCGCCAGAGAACACGCCCAGCCAUGGAGACCAGCAUGAACAUGAUCCAGCGUAACUACAUGGUGAUGCACCCAGCGGGUGCCAGCCACCACACGGCGGAUCACAGCCGCUCCCUCAAGCGGGCCGCCCUGACCAACUCGAGCAUCACCUGCAACGAUGGCACCCAUGCGGGCUUCUACCUGCGCAAGCAGCCCAGCUCCAAGAAGUGGAUCGUCUUCCUCGAGGGCGGCUGGCAUUGCUUCGAUGUGAGGUCGUGCCGUGCCCGUUGGCUGAGACUGCGCCACCUCAUGACCUCCUCCCAGUGGCCAGAGACGAGAGAUGUUGGUGGCAUUCUGUCGCCCCAUGCCGAGGAGAAUCCCUACUGGCACAAUGCCAACCACGUGCUCAUUCCGUACUGCAGCAGCGACUCGUGGUCGGGCACACGGAUGGAGCCGGACACCAGCGACAGGGAGAACAGUUGGCGCUUCAUGGGUGCCCUGUUCCUGCGCCAAGUCAUUGCCGACCUCAUCCCACUGGGCCUGGGUCGUGUGCCGGGCGGAGAGCUGCUUCUGGUUGGCUCCUCCGCCGGCGGCCUGGGGGUGAUGCUGAAUCUGGACCGCAUUCGGGACUUUCUGGUCAAUGAGCGCCAGCUGCAGGUCACGGUGCGGGGAGUGAGCGAUUCGGGGUGGUUUCUCGACCGCGAGCCCUACACACCAUCGGCGGUGGCCUCCAGCGAGUCAGUGCGUCAGGGCUGGAAGCUGUGGCAAGGCCUGCUGCCCGAGGACUGCACCAAGGCACAUCCCACGGAGCCCUGGCGCUGCUACUUCGGCUACCGGCUGUAUCCCACCCUGAAGACCCCGCUCUUCGUCUUCCAGUGGCUCUUCGACGAGGCACAGAUGCGGGCGGACAACGUGGGGGCUCCGGUGACGCCCCAGCAGUGGAACUACAUCCACGAGAUGGGCGGCGCCCUGCGCUCCUCCCUGGACAACGUCAGUGCAGUGUUCGCACCGAGCUGCAUCGGCCAUGCGGUGCUCUCGAAGAGGGAUUGGGUCAACAUUAAGAUCGACGACAUCUCUCUGCCUUCCGCCCUGCGCUGCUGGGAGCACUCGACGCGACGCAAGCGCAACGAAAAGCUGAAACGCUCCACGGAAGCCUCCACGGCCGUCGGCCAGAAUCCGCAUUCCAACAACCAAAGACACCAGCGGCACCGCCAGCGCCAGCAGCGACAGAAGCAGAAGCAGAACAAUGUGGCACAGACGACGCAGCAGCAGCAGCAGCAGCCCCGGAAGCACAAUCACCUGAGCAAGGAGCAGAGGGAGGAGCGCAAGCGGCUGCGCCAAGAGCAGCGACAGAGGCGCAAGCAACGCCGCCGGCAGCAACACAAACAGCAGGCAACAGCUGCUGCAGCGGGCAGGGGGGCAGCAGAGAGCAAGAACAACAACAAGCCGAAGAGCAACGCCAGCGAUAUGCACAAGCAGCGACGCCGCCAGCCACCACUGACGCCGGAACAGCGCCAGGAGCAACGCCAGCGACGCCGCAAGGCCCAGCAGCAGCAGCAGCAGCAGAUGCAACACGAGCAACCUGCCGCAGGGGGAACUGGCAACGGGGCAGAUGCAUUGGGAGAGUCCCAGAAGCGGCGAUCCUCGAACAACGCCUCCUCGUCGGGCACCAAGUCGAAGAAGCGUCAAAGGGUACCCCGAGUGCCGGAGAAGUGUGGCCUCCGGCUGCUGGAGCGCUGCUCCUGGCCGCAGUGCAACCAUUCCUGCCCCACACUGACCAAUCCGCUGACGGGCGAGGAGAUGCGCUUCCUGGAGCUGCUCACCUCGUUCGGCCUAGACAUUGAGGCGGUGGCAGCGGCACUCGGAGUCGAUAUGCACACCCUCAACAACAUGGAGCGGACGGAGCUGGUCAAUCUGCUUACCCAGCAGGUGAGCUGAGCUGAGCGAAGCAUCGCGAAUGGGAAACAAGUAUGUCCCUGUAAAUAGUAGUAGGUCUGUACAUAUAUGUAGAUAUAUAUAUAUAUAUAGGUAGAGCCGCUUUGUACAUACCACACCAUACCACAAAACAAAACAUCCAAAAACAAAACAAAAAAAAACCAUCCCCAAACCACAUUUAAGCGGAGCUAAACUCCAAUUCCUAGAACACACCAAGAAACCAAGAAAAAGACAUGCGCAAGUGCCCAGUAAUUAAGCAGAAUUUAUUUAUAUUGUAUACUAUACCCUCCCCCCAACUCGAACUGCAAACUCUACGCGUACAUUCACAUUCACACACACCACACACACAACACUCAUAUUUAUUCAUUCGCAUUCACACAACCCACAAGAGCACGAGCCGAAGGAAAACGAAGGAAAAUCUGCGUAACGAGAAACUAAACACAAAAUGCAACCACAAGACUGUUUUAUGUUUUUUUUUUAUAUAAUAUAUAUAGCGAUAAAUACAGAUACUAUACAUAAUAUAUGCAUGUAGGGUUACACAUAUGCUAAAGGAUAAUUCAUUGUUUAUGUAAUUUAUUUGAUAAUUUUAUUGCCUGCCUGCCUACCUGCCCUAGAGGAUGGUACUUUAUUUUUGUGUGUGCGUCGACUGUCCAGACUGUGUUUCAGUUCGUUUUUGUUUUUUUUUUAUUUUUUUUUUUUUGCAUCAGUUUUCACCUACCUCAGGUUCAGUAAGAAUGAAAUUGAAUUGAUAGACAGCUGCCUUUAAAGUUUUAACAUAAAUAAACACACAAAUAUAUGAAUCAUUGCGUACCUGUGCAACGACAAAUCAAAUCAAAUACAAAUAAAUACCUACGAGUAAAAUACCUUACUUACUUAAUAAUGCACGCAUUCCGUUCAAACUAAUGUUACUUAAACUUACAUUAAAUGAAAAAUACAUACAUACAUACGAAAAGCAGCUAGAGCAACAAGCGAAGCGAAGUGAACAAAUCGAAUAUAUAAAAAUAGAAAUAAUUUAAACAAUGUUUGUACAGAAUUUAUAGAUUUACAUAAACGUAAACGGAAAACACCACAAAAAUAAACACUAAACAAAUUAAUAUUAAUUCCUCCCCCCACACCCCUAGUGAUAUAAGCUCCCCCCUCUGUACAGAUCUGGUUGAAGUUUAGCCUUAAGAAUUGUUGUACUUAAACCUUUUGAUAAUUUUAUACCAUGUCUACCACGAAGUGAAGUAGUGUCCAAAGCGCUAAUUGAUUUGUUACAACAUUAGAGCUCUUGUUCACAACGCUUAAAUGAAUCACUGACCCAUCAAGAUGAAAACACUUGAGCAGGAUAAUCAUUCAAACGACAGCCACAAUAAACAAGCGAA